AUGCUUAAUCCAAUGUUAGAUGAUUUUUCGAAAACAUCAAAGUCUCGUCCACUCGGUGAUGUUUUACAUAUAUUUAUUUUACUUCUAAUAAGUAAAAUUUUAAAAACAUUUGCAUUAUUUAUAACUUAUGAUUUAUUAAAAUCAUAUCAUUUUAUGUUAAUUCUUUUUCUUAUUACAUUAAUUGCUUCAAUUUGUUUAUUAUUUAUACAAAAACCAUUUUCAUCAAUUCGAUUAAAUAAAACCAUAGUAUUUCGUUUAAUUAAAUAUACAAUAUUUCUUACAAUAGUUCGUGUUCUAUGGUUUUUUGGUUUAACAUUAUGUGGACCAUUAAGAACAAUAUUAUUAUUCGAACAUAGUGAUCUUGUUAUACUUGCAUGUUUUCAUGUAUUAUUUUCAUCAUCAAAUGGAAUUGGUAUACCACAACAAGGACAAACAUCAAGGAUACGUGGUGUUGUUUUUUUUCUCUUAGCUGUUCUAGCAAUAUUUGCAUUUGAUAAUGAUGAUGCAAGACAACGAAUAUUAGAUCAUCCUGAAGGUCAUUCACAUCAUCGUUUAUUUGCACAUGUUUUUUAUCGAUUAACAUCAUUUGUUGGUGUUGGUGAUCAUAAAGGUGGUGUUAUUCUAUUACUUAUUGCUUUAUUUCUACGAUGUACAAUCGAUUCAUUAAAUAAAAAAUUAGUACUUGAUGUUGGUGGACCAAAAAAAUUUUAUGCUAUUACCACAUGUUUAUCAACAGCAUGUCUUAUACCUACAUCAUUUAUUAUGUUAUUAAUUAAUAAUAUUUUUCCAGAUUCAAUGGAUUCAAUUCGUUCACAAUUUGAAACGACAUUACCAUCAUCAACAUCAUCUUCAUUUUUUGGUACUAUUGUAUCAUUAAUUAUUCCAUUAAUAGUUAUCAGUAUAUUAUUAUUUGUUUCUGAUUUCUAUAUUGAACAAAUAGCUGUUGUGAAAUUUGAACGAUUAGGAACAUUUCGAUAUGGCACAUUUACUAUGAUUGGUGGUGCACUUAUUGCAUCUUUUCUUUGGGUAAAAUCGGCAACAGUAAUCAAUCAUAAUUCAGCAUGGCUUGGUGGAAAUAUUGGAAAAAUUGUACCAGAAGAACAUUCAUUAUCUGGUGGUGUUGUAUUUUCUAUUGUUAUGUUUAUUUUUGCAACAGAUCUUUUAUUAAGUCCAAUUAAACAACGAUCAGGUGCUUUUAUUGGUUAUAGUCAAGAUGGUGUACCAUUAUUUAAUUUAACACAUCAACGAUCACAAUCAUUAUUACUUAUUAUACGAUCAAGUUUGAGAGAUAUUCUUGCUGAAUCCGAUUCAAGAAAAAUUUUUUAUUUUCUUUGUAUUAAUCUCAUGUUUACAUUUGUUGAACUAUUGUAUGGCGCUUGGACAAAUUCACUUGGUUUGAUUAGUGAUGGUUUUCAUAUGUUAUUUGAUUGUACAGCACUUGUUGUUGGUCUUUAUGCAGCUCUUAUGACUCGUUGGAAACCUACACGAGUAUUUUCAUAUGGAUAUGGUCGUGUUGAAGUUCUAUCGGGUUUUGUUAAUGGUUUAUUUCUUGUUGUUGUGGCAUUUUUCGUCUUCUAUGAAGCCAUAGGUCGUAUUUUUGAACCACCAGAAAUUAAUACAAAUCGUUUACUAGUUGUUUCCGUUGCGGGAUUUGCUGUUAAUAUGAUUGGUAUUUUUUCAUUCAGUCAUGCACAUGCACAUGCUCAUGGCGGAGGUGGUGGUGGUAGUUGUCCCAUGAGUCAACCAAGUGUAGCUAAAGAACAACAUCAUCAUGAUCAUUCUCAUUCACAUUCACAUGGUGGUGGUAGUGAUCAUCAUGAUCAUGGACAUUCACAUAGAUCAAAUGAAAAAUCAAGUCAUCAUGGACAUAGUCAUUCACUCACUGACAAUGCUAAUAUGAAAGGUGUUUUUCUUCACGUCUUGGCUGAUACUUUGGGCAGUGUUGGUGUUAUCAUUUCAUCAUUACUUAUACAAUAUUUUGGCUGGUAUAUAUCGGAUCCCAUAUGUUCAUUAUUUAUAUCAGUAAUGAUCUUUCUUUCUGUACUGCCACUUUUAAAAGAUAGUGCUAUGACACUUCUUUUACAAACUCCAUCCGAUAUUCAAUAUGAAAUUCUUGAUCGUAUAAGUAAACUUGAUAAGGUUCUAUCAUAUUCUGAUGAACAUUUUUGGAAGCUUUCAUCAUCAACUACUGUUGGAACUAUUCAUAUACAAAUUUCGAAUGAUGGUGAUGAACAACUGGUUACUUCACAAGUACAAAGUAUUUUGAAAGAAGCUCAAAUGCAAAAUAUAGCUGUUCAAGUAGAAAAACAAAUAUUUUUUAAUCAUUUAGCUGGACUUAAUUCAGCUCUUGGACAAUUAGCUACAUCUCAAAGGACGUUUUUACAUAAGUGA